AUGUGGAUCCGAGAUAGCCGUCCUCCCAGUAACCAUGUCACAUACCAUGCCAUAAAACAAAAGUCGAGUGGCAGCGGAGGUAGCAUGUACUACCCUUAUUUCUUUGUCUUUCAGGCGAUUUUCCCCUCUUCGAAAGCUCUCGGAGGCAUCUGCGGGGAUGUUGGUCGUCACUGGGACGCUCAAGUCAGUAAGGAUAAACCUUUUUACCCGCAUCUAGACAACUCCGAAAUAGAGCUGCACCUCAUCAAGGGAAAAGAUCCAGCUUCUCUGAGACAAGACGAGCACCCUUCACAGAGCCAGGAUACCCCCGCAGUCUUCACUCCAACCCAUGGCGGUAAGUCGGAGGUGGAAGAUCAGAAUGACGGUAUCCAAGUGGCUACUGGCACCGCUUGUACCACCUCCCAGCCAGUACCUAUCAGUGCCUCCGAUCCCUUGCGAAACUACGACGAAGAACAAGCCAAUUUUCGAAGCGAACCUGAGCGACGCUUUGCCGAGGUCCAAGCUCAGAUGCAGCAGGACGCCAUUGAACCCUAG